AUGCUCCCAACAAGAACAAAAACAACAAUCCCGGUUGUGGUUUCAACAAACAAGCAAUUAUCGUUUGAUUAUCAAACAACAACAACAAUUCAUCUAAAGACAACAACAUGGAGUUAUAAAAAAGGUGAAAGAAACAGUACCUGUCGGAGUCUCCCCGAUGAAGCUUUCCAAGAAAGUUGCAUCGAAACUAUUAUUGUAAUUGUCAGAGAGCUGCUGCUUAUGCAUGUCUAUAAUGCAGAGGCGUGUACGAUGUUGAAGGAUAAAAAAAGAAGGUGGGGUAUGUUGAGUAAAGGUGCGAUUUUGCAGGUAAAUGAAGCUCUUGGAAUGGAGGAUUUAAUGUUAAAAUGGAAGUUGGAGGAAGGUUUUGUAUUGAAUAUUUGUGAGCUGGCAGCAACAAGGCUUUCCUCUGUUUGGAACAGGUUUUUGGGGUUUGUUGACAGUUUAGCAGCAUUGCAAUAG